AUGGACCGUUUUCGUUGGUGCUCAGACGAUGUUGAAAAUUAUGGAUCGACCAAUCAGGAUAGCCUAUAUGAAGAAACAGUAGUUUUACAAAAAACUGGCGUCCGUUUAUACGAUGGACCUAAUCGAAGUGCUUUCGACGGUGGAUUACUCAAGCUGACAACUCACCGUAUCUUAUGGUCUGAUCCUUUAGCACUGACAAGUUCUUUUAUAGCUCUUCCAUUGGCUGCUAUAAUUUCUGUAAAGGUUGAGGAGGGUGGUGGUGGUCUAACUGUAAGCCGUACACCGAAAUUGAUUCUUCGUUUGUUAACUGUAGCAGCGCUACAAAAUGUAUUGGCAAGUUUGCCGAAUCCUCCGCAGUGGAUUGAACACUGGUGUGAAGGUGUUGGAGGUUCUGGUUCUGGAAUUGACAGUAUCACUUUUAGUGCGACUGCAGUUGUCAGCUAUUCAAAAGAAGAUCAUGUCAAACUAGGCUUUCCGACGGCUGGGCAUCAUGAAUUUCUACAGUCUCUCAACGAAGUUCUAAAGGUAAAACUGUGGACAUUGUCUUAUCAUUCAGAUUUUAAAUUGACAUCCAAGUCGUUUGGUACUGGAGGUAUUGGUGCAAUUCAAAGACAACAAGCUGCACGUGCUGUUGAAACUGAUCGUAAUAUUACCGAGGCCUUUGAAGAUUUGAAUCAACUUAUGAACAACGCAAGUGAAAUGGUUAAAUUAAGUCGUCUGUUGGCUAAAAAAGUUCGCGAUACAAAAGGUAGUGAUCUAUCAGCUAAUGAAAUCGCUGAACUACGUUCGGCCAUGCUGUCAAUGGGAGUUGUAGAAGUCGUAAAUGAUGGCGAUGACAGAGGAUCCUCAUCACCAUCAUCACUCAGCGGUACGACUUUCUAUAUUCGGUUAGCUCAUCAAAUAUCAAGUAUACUGUUUCCAUUACUAAAAGGUCAAUGUUCCGAUCAUUCAGCUGAUCGCCUACAUACUAGUUGUAUUGAUUUAGCAACAGCUUAUUGUCGAGUUAAUCGUGCACGAGGUAUGGAUCUAAUAUCUCCGGAAGAUUUGCUUAGAGCCUGUCGUUAUUUAGAUAAGGAAAAAUUACCCAUAAGGUUGAAGGGCUAUGCAAAUGGACUUCUAGUUCUUCAGCUGGCAUCUGAAGACGAAAUAGAAACAUUGAAAUCUACCGUAGAAUUAGUGGAAAAACGCAUUAGUUUGUCAGUAGAUGAACUUGCUCAUAUAGUAAACCUCUCUCCUUUUUUGGCGAAGGCAAGAUUGUUGGCAGUUGAAGAAGUCGGUCUCAUUUGUCGUGAUGAUAGCGAGAUUGGUUUACGUUUCUAUCCGAAUUAUUUCUUAACUCGUCAGGAUUAA